UGCGUGUUUAACGGCCCGGUGGUCCCCAAUAAAAAUUCCAAUAUCUCUUGAUGAACUUGGCAAGAAUCGGGCCGAUUCUCGCGUGCUAUUUUAUGAAUUCGACGUUCAUGGGAGUUGGUGCUCUUGUUCCAAACAUCUCCUGCAGAGUUCUCCUCCGUUCCCAUUCGAUUAGGUUCCGUCCAUUUGUCUGUGAGCAAUCUUCCAUGGCCAACACAGUGAGAGUUGCUGCUGUCCAGAUGACCUCUGUGAAUGACCUCUCUGCCAAUUUCAACACCUGCUCUCGCCUCGUCAAGGAAGCAGCUGCUGCGGGCGCCAAAAUGAUUUGCUUCCCUGAGACUUUCUCCUACAUGAGUGCCAGAGAAGGAGAUGCUCUGAAGAUCGCAGAGACCUUAGAUGGCCCCAUCAUGCAAGGAUACUGUGCUCUUGCUAGAGAAUCUAGCAUUUGGAUGUCACUCGGAGGCUUCCAAGAGAAAGCAUCAGACGAUUCACACCUGUUUAAUACGCAUGUCAUUGUUGAUGAUUCUGGAAACAUUAGGAGCACUUAUCGGAAGAUACAUUUGUUUGAUGUGGAUGUUCCUGGUGGAAUGGUGUAUAAGGAGAGUAAAUUUACAGAAGCAGGGAAGGAUAUUGUUGUAGCGGAGAGCCCCAUUGGAUGUCUGGGUGUGACUGUUUGCUAUGAUCUGAGAUUUCCCGAGCUUUAUCAGCAGCUACGGUUUAAGCAUGAAGCACAGGUUAUGUUAGUACCUUCGGCUUUCACAAAGAUAACUGGAGAGGCCCACUGGGAGAUUCUUCUUCGUGCUCGUGCAAUUGAGACUCAAUGCUAUGUUAUUGCUGCUGCACAGACUGGAAGGCACAAUGAUAAGAGAGAAAGUUAUGGUGACACCUUAAUUAUAGAUCCAUGGGGAAAAAUUGUAGGUCGGCUACCAGAUAGAUUAGCAACAGGCAUUGCUAUAGCUGAUAUAGAUUUCUCAGUUAUUGAUUCGGUCAGAACUCGGAUGCCCAUAUCUGAGCAUCGGAAGCCCCUCGAUUUCUGGAAGGCUGCUUAACUGUUUUAUUGACAUGGGCUAUUCUGCCUCCUGUUUCUCCCUGAUGGCAUGAAGGACUGAAUAUGUUUGGACAGGAGAAAAAGUAACAUUAAAUAUCUCUAUAUUUGCAUUAAAACUUCUUCUUUUUUUUUGGGAUGAUCCAUCAUCAAUAUAAGCUCUUGUCCCUCUUGGUCUUGGUGGCUCGUAAUACCACGGGACGUCAACUUUCUUGGAUAUAUCAUUGGAAGUGUAGGAAUUCUGCUUGAAUUUCUUGCAUGUAUUACUAAAUGUAUAAUGUGUUUGGGUGAGUUUCAUAUGACCUUAUGUUGCAUGUUAAUUUUCUCUUUUUUAGUAA